CCCCUCCGCGAAGUUCGCGAGCCCGAUCUCGCGAGCGUUCGGCUCACGUACACCAUCGCAGGCGGCGACGAUGGCGCGGUGCAUUUAACACAAAACCGUUUGCCCUUGAGUCGACACUCAGCUCUCGGAAGCCGACGUGAAUAGACGCUUUUUGCUAACGUACUCAAAACCACUCACCCCAAAAUGUCGAAGAUCGGAAUCAACGGAUUUGGCCGCAUUGGCCGUCUGGUGCUGCGUGCCGCCGUCGCCAAGGGCGGACAGGUCGUGGCCAUCAACGAUCCCUUCAUCGGCGUCGACUACAUGGUGUACCUGUUCAAGUUUGACUCGACCCACGGUCGCUUCAAGGGUGAGGUCUCCGCCCAGAACGGUUGCCUGGUUGUCAACGGCCAGAAGAUCCAGGUCUUCCAGGAGCGUGACCCGAAGGCCAUCCCGUGGGGCAAGGCCGGUGCCGAGUACGUCGUUGAGUCGACCGGUGUGUUCACCACCAUCGACAAGGCGUCCGCUCACUUGGAGGGUGGUGCCAAGAAGGUCAUCAUCUCGGCCCCGUCGGCUGAUGCCCCGAUGUUCGUCGUCGGUGUCAACCUGGACGCGUACAACCCCUCGAUGAAGGUCGUCUCGAACGCUUCCUGCACCACCAACUGCCUGGCUCCGCUGGCCAAGGUCAUCAACGACAACUUCGGAAUCCUGGAGGGUCUGAUGACCACCGUCCAUGCCACCACCGCCACCCAGAAGACCGUUGACGGUCCAUCCGGCAAGCUGUGGCGUGACGGCCGUGGUGCCGCCCAGAACAUCAUCCCUGCCGCCACCGGUGCCGCCAAGGCCGUCGGCAAGGUCAUUCCAGCCCUGAACGGCAAGCUCACCGGAAUGGCUUUCCGCGUGCCAACCCCCAACGUUUCCGUCGUUGAUCUGACCUGCCGCCUGUCCAAGCCAGCCACCUACGACCAGAUCAAGCAGAAGGUCAAGGAGGCCGCCGAGGGACCGCUGAAGGGCAUCCUCGACUACACCGAGGAGGAGGUCGUCUCCACUGACUUUGUCGGUGACUGCCACUCGUCCAUCUUUGACGCCAAGGCCGGAAUCCAGCUGAGCGACACUUUCGUCAAGCUCAUCUCCUGGUACGACAACGAGUUCGGCUACUCCAACCGUGUCGUCGACCUGAUCAAGUACAUGCAGAGCAAGGACUAAAUCAGUCAACACGACAACACCUCCUUAACAAAACAAACAAAAAACAAAUUCUCAGGGCUUGAUGCCACUGAUCUGCUAAAAACAUAGACGUUGCGUAUCACACACACAUACACUCACACUGACAGCAACUUACAAUAUCCAACAACACCCAUAACACCUCAACGAAAUUGUAAUCCUCCUGCAGGUACAGUUGCAUACCAACGCUCUACUUUACACACACUUUAAAGAAUGAAAAAACAAAAAGAAAA